AUGGCCCCUCCGAAAUACGCAGGGCUCUCAGGACGCCCGUUGUCCCUGUUCUUGUCCACAGUUGCUACCAUGGGAUUUCUACUGUUCGGAUACGACCAGGGAGUCAUGUCCGGUAUCAUCUCCGAUCCUGCCUUUAACAACAUGUUCGUCGCGACCAAAGGCGACAAUACAAUGCAAGCCACUGUCACUGCAGUUUACGAAGUCGGCUGUCUGUUUGGCGCCAUAUUCGCACUGCUAUUUGGCGAGAAAUUGGGCCGGCGCAGGAUGGUAAUUUACGGUGCAGCUGUGAUGAUUCUAGGCGUCAUUAUCCAAGUGACUGCGAUGCCUGGCCACAUUCCCUUGCUCCAGUUCAUCAUUGGCAGAGUCAUCACUGGCAUCGGCAACGGAAUGAAUACAUCAACAAUCCCUACAUACCAGGCCGAGUGCUCGAAGACCAGCAACCGCGGUCUGUUGAUCUGUAUUGAAGGUGGUGUGAUUGCCAUUGGAACUAUGAUUGCGUACUGGAUCGACUACGGCGCGCACUUCGGUCCUCCUGACUUGGUAUGGCGAUUCCCAAUUGCCUUCCAGAUCGUGUUUGGCAUCUUCAUCAUCUGGGGCAUGAUCCAUCUGCCAGAGUCGCCUCGCUAUCUCAUAGCGAACGACAAGGUCGACGAAGGUGCAAACGUUCUUGCUGCGCUGGCAGGGAAGGAGAUUGACGACCAGCAUGUCGUCUUGGAAAAGCAGUUGGUUCUCGAUUCCGUUCGAGUGUCUGGUGCUGAGAAGGCCAAAUUCCGUGACCUGCUCACCGGUGGCCCAUCACAGCAUUUCCGGCGCAUGAUGGUGGGCUCGUCGUCGCAGUUCUUCCAGCAGAUAUCUGGUUGCAAUGCGGUGAUCUACUAUCUUCCUGUGCUUCUGGAACAGUCGAUUGGCCAGUCGCAUGACUUUGCCCUCCUGAUCGGUGGGAUCAACAUGAUAUGUUAUGCAAUCUUUGCGACAUUCUCCUGGUUCUUCGUUGAGAAGAUCGGUCGGCGUAAACUGUUCUUGGGUGGAAGCUUCGGACAAUGCGCAGCUAUGGUGAUUGUCUUCGGGUGUCUGAUUCCAGGGGAUUCCCAGACUGCAAAGGGCGCGGUGUUUGGCCUGUUCCUUUAUAUGUGCUUCUUCGGAGCCACCUGGCUGCCUCUGCCAUGGCUAUACCCAGCUGAACUCUCCCCUAUCAAGACCAGAGCCAAGGCCAAUGCCAUCUCGACCUGCAGCAAUUGGCUAUUCAACUUUACAGUCGUCAUGAUAACGCCUGUUAUGAUUGCGAGUAUCCGAUGGGGAACAUACUUGUUCUUUGCUGCGUGGAAUGCAAUAUUCAUCCCUGUCAUCUGGUUCUUCUACCCCGAGACCUCCGGACGAAGCCUUGAAGCCAUCGACUUGAUUUUCGCCAAGGGAUACAGAGAGAAUAUCAGCUAUGUUCGUGCCGCCAAAGAGCUGCCUUAUCUUUCCGACGAGGAGCUCGAGGCAAAGGCAGCCGAAUAUGGGAUCCUCAACAAUAACGAGAAGAGGGAGGAGAGAAUCGCCGAGCAUGACCCCCCGGCCUCUGCUGAGUAUGGCUCGUUCAUGCCAUCCCAGCUUUAA